AUGCGAUACGCGAUCCGGCUCCACUUCCCUGCUUCAAACAAUACAGCAGAGUAUGAGGCCCUUGUGAACGGUCUUCACAUCGCGAUCGAACUUGGGAUCAAGCGGCUCGACAUCCGAGGCGAUUCCAGACUCGUCAUCGAUCAAGUCAUGAAAGAAUCUAGCUGCCAUGACCCCAAGAUGGACGCAUACUGCAAGGCGGUUCGACGCCUGGAAGAGAAAUUCGACGGCCUCGAACUUAACCACGUGUUAAGAAAGUAUAAUGAAGCCGCCGACGCGCUCGCCAAGAUGGCAUCCGAGCGGGCCACCGUCCCCCAGGAUGUUUUCGUCAGCGACAUCUACAAACCUUCCGUCGACUACAAGGACGACGGGGGGUCGGAUGAGCCCCAAAACAAACAGAGUGCCGACCCCAAAGACGCUGUCGCCCAAGAACAGGAGGCCAUGGACAUCGAGCCAGAGCCACCUGCGACUGACGACUCGCCUGACUGGCGCUACCCUUUGCUUCAACGCCUGGUCGAUGGCACUCAGCCCCUGGACCAGGCUGAAGCGAGACGCGUGGCUCGUUGUGCCAAGACCUUCGUCCUCCUCGACGGGGAAAUGUACAAACGCAGCCCCUCGGGCAUCCUUAUGCGUUGCAUCCCACCCGACGCCACAGAGAUCGUCAGGUCCUACAAGGGAUGCUAG